UAAAGCCUGAAACUCAUUCUCAAUCAAAUGGAGCCAAAUAUUCCGAUCCAAAGAGGAGAUGAGCAGUCAAAAGUUAUUAAGGCAUGGAAGGAACUAAAGAUAACAAAGGUCAAUAACAAGACUCAGAAGAAGCUACUAGAUAUUUCAGGAUGGGAGAAAAAGAAAACUACAAAGAUCGAAUCUGAACUCGCUAGAAUUCAGCGGAAGAUGGACAGUAAGAAGAUGGAGAAAUCUGAGAAACUAAGGAACGAAAAAGCGGCAGUUCAUGCAAAGGCACAAAAGAAGAAGGCAGAUGUUCAAACCAGACGGGCUCAAGAGAUCCUUGAUGCGGAAGAAGCUGCUGCUAGGUUUCAAGCCGCAGGAAAGAUACCCAAGAAGUCAUCUUUGAGCUGCUUCUGAGAUCAGCACUAACCUGUGAUACAGAUUAUCACCUAUCUCCGGUAUCCUAUGUUCAUACUUGUAUCUUUUGUAUGUUGUGUGUUUUGCUUGUGUUGCUCAUAAAACAAGAGAGUGCAAA